AUUCGUGUGGAACUGCUACCUCGGCUUUAUCUACGUCGCUGACGCGGCUCGCACGCCAGGACUCGUUGAGCUGCCUCUCGACGACGCCCACUCGACGCGUGAGUGAGGAGACCGCGAUUGGAAACCUGCCCGAGGAGCUAAGCACUGCCCCCACAACUGCCGCACGGGAGCGCACGCGCGGAGACGCACAAUGCUGCUGCGCACCGCCGCGAGACGCGCCGCCGCCGCGCGCCAUCCUAUAAAACGCAUUACACCGCAAGCAUUAGCUACAAGACAAUUCGCCUACCAAGGAUUACACGAAGCCCUCGAAAAAAAGCUCGGCACCCAGCCGACGCGACUGCCCCAGGACGCGGAGGACCUGCCCAAAUCGUUUGAUGUGGGCGAACGGGCCGCGGAGCUCGGCGUGCGGCUAUCCCAGCACGAGCUCGACAACUUGUAUGCGGAGUUGAAGAAAGGCACCAAAAAAGAGUCGAACGCGGCCUACGUGGACGCGGUGCAGGCCACGGCUUCCGUGGGAGCGGAAAGGCAGUAUUUAGCUGAAUUCAUCACGUCGUCCGACGAACAUAGCACGGGCCAGAAGGUCCUGCUCUUCUUGGACUACCUCUCAACGGCCUUAUUCGCGCUGAUCGGCGCCCAGUACGCGGGCAUCGCGGGCAUGAACGUCGUGGGGGCUACCCUGGUUGGUGUGGUCGGUGGGGUCGGUGGAGGUACCGUGACUGGGGCACUCACCGGCGCGAACGCCGCGCGGGGCGUCUUCUGGAUGCGCGACCCUAGAUACUUGUUACUAUCGACCGUCGUGGCCGUAGCUACAUAUUAUCUGUGGCCCAAGUAUUUGGAGUGGACGGGUCCUUGCGCAGCGUCCCUACGCCGUCGACGCGCGUCGUCGCCGUCUUCUGAGCCGAUUCGGGCCGCGUUAAGGGUUCCCACGCAGGCCGCGACCGCUUCGAGCAGCUCGCGAGAGCUUCUGGUAGUGACCCCCACGCCAAGCUGUCCUCGGACGCGUUCGAGCUUGCACUACGACAAGACCAAGAAUUGAGGAGUGAGAUGCGCAUGCUCGAAUCGCACUUAAAUGAACGGGAGAAAAAAAUAGCUCUGAGGGAUCCGCAGCAGAGACCUUCGUUGUACUUUCGGCAUUUGGAUCGAGAUGGCGACGGCUACCUCACGAGGGAGGACCUCAGUAGUGUGGCGCGGAUGGCCGUGACCGACAGCCCAGGUUUCUACGCCCUGGAGACCGUGGCGCUAGGUGGUGUGGCGUGCUUCGGGGCCCAGGCCGGCGUCACGCGCGCGCUGCCGCCGGCGGCGUGCAUCGCGACGGGCGUCACGAUCUGUUUUGGAGGUGUUUUGCGAGAUGUCCUAUGUCGGAGAGAUGUCGCUAUUGGCGGCCAGUCGUAUGCUCUAGCUACUGCCAUGGGCGCGUCGGCGUAUGUUGGAAUGAGAGAAUUAGUCGUGCGAGGCGUCAUGCGCAUUCCUUUAUUAAUGAGGAUCGGCGUCGCGUACACGGUGACCGUCUUGGAAAGGAUUUAUGUGUGGUACGACGACGCGAGCGAUUCUUUUUUGAGACCCUGGCCGCCGGAGAUUGUGGAAGCGCACCUCCCGCGGGCGAAGGAGGAGGAGCCGCGACGGCGGACGACGGAGGUGAAGCGGCGCUUCACGGGCGACUAGUCUUAUAUUUGCGUGGCGCGUCGUUCGGCGCUGCGGUCGGAAGUCCUACCUUACAUAAAAACGUAUGUCCUGUU